AUGGUAUGGUACACCGGUUUUCAAGGUGUAGCCUACUCAGAGGUCCCGGGUUUAAAUCCAGUGUCGUGGUCUCGGAACAAAGAGUUGCGGUUUUGUGGAAUUCAAGUACUUAAUUUAUUUAUAUUUAACAAAAUGGGCAAAGACGAUAAAGAAGACUCUGGAUUCGGUUUCAAAGACAAGGCAAAGGCAGAGGAUACCCUCAGGCUGUUGGAGGAGCACCCCAUGAACUACAGACGGCUGACAGUGAGGGGACUGCUGGGAAGAGCCAAGCGUGUGCUUUCGAUGACAAAAGCAGAAGACAAAAUCAAGAACAUAAAAGAGGCCAUGGAGGUGUUCGAGAAGUGGCUGCAGGACUUGGACAAGGACAAAGAACAGAAGACUGAGCAGAAGGAGAAGACUAGCAAGAAGAGAGAGUCGGAAGAGAAGAAUGGAGGCGAAGAGGACUCUUCAUCAGACGUCGAAAUGGAGGAAGAGAAGCCCAAAAAGAAAGAGCUUCCUGCUGACACUGUCCCAGGUCUAGGGUUCAAGGACAAGGAGGCUGCAGACGGGACCUUAAAGGAACUGGAAGGGAGGGACCCUGAUUACCAGAAGCUGGCUGUUAAGGGACUGAUUGGACGGGCUAAGAGAGUGCUCACGUGCACUCGUGAUGAAACCAAGCUGUCCAACAUAAAGGAGGCGAUCAGCAUCUUCGACAAGUUUCUGGACGACUUUGACACGAAUCACAUGAGUAAACAGAACAAUCCGUACAUUUCUUUGGGGCACGUUCGCACCGCUGAGAAGAUGGCGGAGCAGAUUACUGAUCAGCAGAAAUCUUUCAUAGCCGCGUACAGCUCAGUGAACGGCGAGUACAAGCGCUUGCGCACCGUUCCCGAGAAUGACGGCGGCAAAACAUGGGAUAUUGUGAGAAACGCCGCGCUCAAGGAUUUGAAAGAGGAGCACGCAGACGUAAAACUAUUCGACGAAAAAGAACAGCCAACAAAAGAACACGUAGAAAUGAUGUUGUGGGCGUAUUCACCGGAGCCCGCGCGCGUGAAGAAAUACGUGCCAGAGACUAAGGAGGAGAAGAGUGACAGUGACAGCAAAAGUGGCGGGAAAGAUGAAGAGAAGCAGGACAGAAAGAGACGGAGCAGUGGGAGGGAGAGAGACGACGAGUCGCCGAGUAAAAAGAAGAAAGAAUGA